AUGCGACCUGCUACUCUGUGCUUGUCGACGGCCCUCACUGUUCUGCUUUCGUUCGCAGAGACACACGCAGCGCCAUCCUUCAUUCGCCAACCGAUUGUUAUCGACGACACGCCAAUCACGCAAUGGCGAGGCCUUUCGGUUGUCGUCAGGUUGACGGACUCCCAUCCUCCUUACAACCAGUACCCCUUGUACGCCAGCCCGGUCUUGUCGUUCGGCCAGGAGGAGGUGCUCUACAAUGUCAACGCCUCUUUCAACUCGAUCAACGAUCCGUCUGCGCAUUACACGUCGGUCUCCUCCUACGUGAUGGUGGAGGGUCGUGCCGUGACCGACCCGAACCCACUGAAGCGUCCCCUGUGUUUGGAAUCGGAAACGGGUCCGUACGUGGUCCCACCGAUCAACGGGAUCGUCCGUGCCCUCAUGAACGUGACGGUCAGUGCUCCAGUAGCCGGUAGCCCGUGCGCGAGAAACCUGUCCCCUUUCACGGUCGAUGGUCAAUCCUAUGUCGUGUGUGAAACGGAGCGAUACACGACGAUGACGAUCACGGGCAACGGAAUGGUCCUCACCGUGUCGUUUGUGGACAACGUGGAAGUGAAGUUGAACGCCGAUCAAGUCGCUGGGUGUCGCGAGGUGGCAUCCCCAACACCGGUGACGCCGAUGGGCAUGACAUUGCUGACUGGAGUCCCCCUUUCGUAUCAAUCGUAG